AUGUGUUAUUUCGAACAGACUCGUUGGAGUUGUGGUUACUGGCGCUGGGGCCACUUCCGCCAGCAAUGCAAUAAAGAAUACCGAAUGGGCGAGACGUGUGGGCUGAAGCUGGUCUAUGAAACAAAAGUCGAGCAUGACGUCUGCAAGCUGUGCCAUGACACCGAGAAGAAGCAGCGGCGGUACGACAAGAUGUAUCGCGACGUGCAGCGUUGGCAGAUGGAGGGCAACCGCAGCGCUACCAUUGAGCGGACGUGUGGUGAAAUGGAAGAAGUUGUGGGCCAAAUCAAGCGGAUGAGAGACGAACAUGGCCACAGGCUACAAUCGCUGGGUCAGGUACGAGAGAAACCCUCCCCUUUUCCAGACACAACAACAAGAGACACAGAAAGCUGGGCAGCUGGAUAA